AUCAUCGCAAUUCCACAUCACACACGCAAGUAAAGCAAAGCAUUAGCAACCAUAGCCAUGGCUUCCUCACCAAAACUCUUCUCUAUGUCUAUCCUCUUCCUUUUUGCCCUCUUCUCCAUGCAAAUCCAUGCUAGAGAGUACUUCAGCAAAUUCCCAAGAGUUAACACCAAUGAGAAAGAGACAACAACCAGAGAGCAAGAGCACGAGACCUUCGUUCCCCAGACCACCCAAAAGCCAGGAGAGCAAGAGCCAAGGUUCAUCCCUGAAACCCAAAAUGGGUAUGGCCUUUACGGCCACGAGUCAGGCUCAGGCUCAAGCCGGCCCAGUUUCACCACCAAAGAAACCUAUGAACCCUAUGUCACCCCUGUUAGAUUCCACCCUGAUGAACCCUAUAACAGCAUCCCCGAAUCCUCCAACAAUAAAGACACUUACUACUACAACAAGAAUGCCUACAAGUCCACUAAGCAGCAAAACUUGGGCGAGGCCAUUUUCACCGAGAAAGGAUGGAGCACCAAGGAAAACCAGAACAACAACUACUACAACGGCAACAUUAAUGGCGAGAAGCAAGGCAUGAGCGAUACUAGGUACUUGGAGAAUGGAAAGUACUACUAUGACGUCAAGAGUGAGAACAACUAUUAUCCAAACCAGUUCGACAAGUCAAGAGGAGUUGCUUCCAGGAACGAGUUCGAUGAGAAUCGUUACAACAACAUGGGAAGGUACCACCAGAACCAAGAGGAGUUCGAGGAAAGCGAGGAAGAGUUCGAACCCUGAUCACCUGUCGUACAGUAUUUCUACAUUUGAUGUGUGAUUUGUGAAGAACAUCAAACAAAACAAGCACUGGCUUUAAUAUGAUGAUAAGUAUUAUGGUAAUUAAUUAAUUGGCAAAAACAACAAUGAAGCUAAAAUUUUAUUUA